ACGGGGGGAGAGAGAGAGAGAGAGAGAGAGCGCGAGAGAGGGAGAGAGGAUGGAAAGGUCAUCGGAGGAAGUGAUUCCGUCGGAAGCAGCCGUACUGAUAACCCAUCGUACCGAUCCUAUUCGCUACAACCAAAACCUUGAUCCUAGACUUAUUAGUACUUCAUCAUUAUCGCGACCUGAGUGGCCGACGAUCGACGGACCAUUGGGGCUGUCGGAGCAAGAUGCCGUAGGUUACGCCCGUAAGUUCUUUGGUUUUGGCUUCGUGUUACUACCAUUGCUGUGGGCCGUCAAUUGCUACUACUUCUGGCCCGUACUUCGUCACGCACGCUCUUUCCCCCAAAUCCGCCCCUAUGUUGUAGGAUCAGCAAUAGGAUUCAUGGUGUUUUCAGCCAUGCUAGCUUCAUGGGCCCUCACCUUCACCAUUGGAGGCGAACGGCUUUUCGGCCAUACCUGGGAUGAACUGGUAAUGUACAAUGUUGCUGACAGAUACGGGUUGACGGGUUGGAUUUAGUUAGUUAACUCGUACAUGUUUUCUAGGUGACAUUCAUUAUUACAGAUAGAAAUUUGUAUAUUCUGUGUUGGGGUUGAAGUCUGGAAUGGAAUCACAUUGUUGUCUAACACUUUCUCAUUUUGUUCUGAUAAUUGAAGAAAUGUUUCC